ACCUGGCUCCGUGCACGUUGUCGCGGUGCUCCCCGCCCAUUUAUCGGGAAUGGAUCUCUAGCCUCGGCGGAGCCCCGCUCUGACUCCCCGUUGAACUGAUGGAGCUCAGUCCCAUCAACAUGCCCUGUGACGAGCGCGAACCGGACAGGCCCGCUCAGCCUGGGACUUUCCCAAGCCGCGAGGCCGACGUGAGCGCCCAGCUUCCCGGGGAGCGCUGCGUGGACUUCCCGGUGUCUGUGGUUCUUCCUGCCGGCGGCACCGGAGAGAGAACCGGGCUGCAGACACCGAAACAAUUCUGUUCGUUUCUGGGCAGGCCGCUCAUAAGCUACACUAUCCAGGCUUUUGAGAGGGUGUCGUGGAUUCAGACCAUCGUGGUUGCUGUUGCCAAAGAAAACAUGGACCUGAUGAUGGACAUCGUGCAGCGCUUCCAGCACAGGAAGGUUCGAGUGGUGCCAGGCGGCUCGACGCGUCACAGGUCGAUAUGCAACGGCGUGCUGGCUCUGGGUGAAGAGGAGGAGGUGGAGGAGAGGUCGUCAGCUGGCAGGCCGAAGGUGGUCAUCAUACAUGAUGCAGUGAGGCCUUUUGUGGAGGAGGACUUUCUGCACAAGAUAGCAAUUGCUGCCAAAGAACAAGGGGCAGCUGGAGCGAUCCGACCCCUUGUCUCCACGGUGAUCGCCACCACAUCGGAGGGCUACCUGGACCACUCCCUGGAGCGAGCCAAGUUCAGAGCCAGCGAGAUGCCGCAGGGAUUCACCUACGAAGUCAUCCGCCAGGCCUAUGAGAGGUGCACCGAGUCAGACUUCGAGUUUGGCACCGAGUGCCUCCAUCUGGCUUUGCAGUACUGUGGCACCAACGCCAAACUCAUCGAGGGGCCGCCAACGCUGUGGAAGGUGACCUACAAACGGGAUUUGGCUGCUGCGGAGUCCAUUGUCAAAGAGACUCUGUCGCGAUCGGCCUGCGUCCUCACCGGCGGACUGACACAAGCUGUAGCUCUGGCCGAAGCUCUCCAAAAAGCUGCCGCGGCUCUGGAAAUGGAGCUGGAUGUCAUCCCAGAUCUGCAGGGAGACCACGUCAGGUAUCUGUUCGGAGCGUGGAACUUCAUCCAGGUUUCUGUGAGCCGUGAUGACCUGUCUGAAGUGGAGACCCUGCUUUUGGCUUUACAGGCGGAGAAUCGAGCUCUCCUGCACCCGCUGGUUGUUAUUUUGGUGCAUUUAAGCUGCUCAGAGGAGCUAUCCAUCAGUCAGAGGGUGGCACAACCAGCGGCAAUCAUGGACCUGGCUUCAAAGGCUAAGCUCCAAAAUAUUCUUCUAUAUGGCAUCCAGCUCCAUCAGUCAAAGGAUGGCGAUCUCUGGGAGAGGUCGGUGUUGAAGGUCGCCGAGAUCGCGUCGGCCUUGAUCCGGGAGAGGAGCCCGGCGCUGGUGGGACAGCUUCUGCAGGCGUGAGGAGAACCGGCAGCGUCACCAGGUUCCCACACCGUCACUCACCAACGCCGCGGGGACGGCGCAGCCUCUUCCCUUUUCCUCCUCCUAAAUCUCUUUGACAUCGCAGUCCGUGGAGGGCUGCAGGAGUGGCUGCUUAUCCGCAGUGUUUUAUACAUCUUGAAUGAGUUUUAAUCUGAAACAGAUUGGGUUUGUCAAUCCGUCUGUCGUCUGUAACUGCUUUAUUUAACCGAAGGCUGCAGAAAGCUGGGGCUGACGCUCGCUGACAAAAGAGGGAAGAUUUAGCUUGAGAUUGAGUUUUAGUUUACUCUCACAUCAUCACGUUGAGUACAUGGUGCUUCCUGGAUGCUCUCCAUUCUCGCACCAGGCCAACACGCAGAACUGGGCCAUGUUUACACAACCAUCGACUGGAAAGCGCAUUGUUUUUCCAGUUUUAUUCCCGAGAACUUUCACAUUCAGGCGGCAACAUUUUGAAAAAGAUGGCAGUCGGUAGAUAGACGCUGUCGACGGCCUGCCAGGCCGCUGGUGGUUGUAGAGGACGGUAAGAUAUAAACACUUAGGCUCCUUUAAACUGUCUUUCAAGCACAACAAAAUAAGAUUCCACAGUAUCUGAUGGAUAUAGGAAAGUUUUUUCUGAAUGUGAUCCAGAUGAUGGUGAAGAAGUUGCACAUCUCUUCCACCCAGCACAUACUGAGUAGGCUAACACUGAGAAGAAAGACAGUUUGAAAGAGUGUGAAGCUGUUCUGCUGAGCUCCUCUCUGUGUGCGUACGGUGUGUCUGACACCCCCUAGUGGCGUGACAUGCAAACUGCAGCGUUUUCAUGGUUGCUGGCGUUUGCGAGUCGUUUUCGAAACGCCGCCGUCUGAACGUGAAACUCUUCUGAAAGAGAAACGGGUGAACGUGGAAACGGAGCCGGAGACGGAAAGAAAGGUCAGAAACAUACAUUUCAGGAACAACGUUUCAAAGACUGAACAACACAAAAGACGCAACGAAAGUUGGUUGGUUUCACUGGAAAAUGUCGCUAAAAUGAGUUAAAAACAUCUUCUAAGUGAAAGUGAAGGUUGUGUGUGAUAAAGAAUGGAGAUGAAGUGUGUGAGAGGCAGAUUAAAGAUAAAUUAAGUGUGUAGAAGACAGAUUGAAAGUGUGUGUGUAUGAAUGAGACAGCCGGUGUGUGUGUCUCUGUCUGUGUGUGUGUGAACAUGUUGUCUGAUGGCUUCUUAAUAGCUCCUGGACGUCGUCGACGCUCUGAGUCGCCGGCCAAUCGGAUGGCCUCAGUUUUGGCCUCACACACACUCCUAUUAGCCGAAGCAGUUUAAUGCUGGUUCUCGUCUCUUCAUCUCUGACCGUCGUGAGAGUGAUUACUGCUGCGGUCAUCACAGACCGGCUUCAACACUCCACAUCUCGCUGAUGUAUGACUGUGGAAAGUUGAACUGAAGUGAGCGUGCCAGAAGGACACAGGGCGUCAAAACCACUGCAGCCCCACCGCUGGAAGACGUGUGAAACGGGAAUAUAGAGCAAGACUGUAUGUUUUAUACUUUAUG